UAUAUAUUAGGUUCAAUUGGGGCUACGCCAAUCCUAUAAUUACGAAAAGUGUAGUUCGAAGAAAACGCCUCGACACUACUCGAGGGACUCCCUAAGCUAGGAAGUUGGCUAACAAUCUUCCACCCUUUUCCCAGUCCGCGAUGCACCGUGGGUAAUGUAGUGUUUAGGCCGCAGAGACGAGGUGUUUCACAGCACCCACGGAGGAGCCGCAGCCUCCGUCGAGGACUACCGGUACCACCAUGCCCAGCUCGGGAUGGCUUCCGCAUCUCGAGCACACUUGGGUGCGAGGACGUCUCGGCGCAGGUCCGUACCGGAAGCCUUGACCCUCGGCGAACUUCCUUUUCGGCAGCCGGCGUUUGACGGCUCUUUCACGGGGAUGAAAUGGGUGGAGCCACAAUUUUCUCUAUGCUGGCAACCUGAGGAAAAAAAAUUAAUAUUGCUGCUAAGGAAAUCUGCCACCCCCCACUCAUGACUUUCUGCUGUGAACAUUUGAUUGGUGUGCCUCAAAAUCUGUGAUGGAAAAUCGUGAUGAUGGUGAGCAGCACCACAGCACCACGGUGGGAGAGGCGGGCAGCACGGGAGACAGCACCCCUCCCCCAAAACGCAAGGGCAAGUUCUCUACUCUCGGCAAGAUCUUUAAGCCAUGGAAGUGGCGGAAGAAGAAAAGCAGCGAGAAAUUCAAGGAAGCGUCAGAAGAACUGGAGAGAAGGAUGUCGACGAGGCGUACCCGGCAAGAGCUUAUAGAACAAGGAGUGCUGAAAGAAGUUCCAGACAACGAUGCGGAUGGAGCGGCACAAAGCCUGAAGCAGCCCUACGUAAAGAAUGGCCACACACUGCCCGUGAGUGGAGGAGGUGGGGUCAGUACUGCAAGGAGCAGCCAGGGCAGACUGUCCUCUGAUUCAGACUUUAGGAUAAACCCUACUUGGCUCGCCCAUUCGGACGACCAUAGGGGCCGACCUCCCUCGGAUGGAGAACGCCGAAGAGUUCCGAGUUCAAGGGGUUCCGGAACCCCAGAAGAAGGGCAGAGAGGAAGCGGGGUGACGGCAUCCCGUGGACAUGGGGAGACUGAGUGGAAGCCUAACACGACGUGGCAUGGGCAGAUUCCCAAUCAGAUGGCUGAAGGUAGAAGUGGAGGCCAGUUUUACCCUGAAGAUGGACAGAGGAGGCCUGGGCUCCAGAAAGCUCCCUCAGAAGAUGGCAGGAGGAGUCGACCGGCUGACGUGGAUUGGAAACCUACACUCCCCCGACAUGCUUCUGCUGAAGAGGGAAGGGCCCGUAGAGAGUCAGACAGCCACUUUGUCCCUGACCCUGAAGCACUAAAGGACACCCUUCGUGAACCUUUGCCGCCUAAACAGUCCGUCAUGCCUCCAAAAUGGUUGAUAAGCUCUACGCCUGAACCGGGCAGCGAGGGGCCAGCUCGCGCCCAAUCGAACCACGCCUCGGCCCAGUACCCAUCCCUCUCUGCCUCCUCGAGUACUGCACCGAAGCCUAUGAGGAACGUCUCCUCUGUGGGUGCGACCACACAUCAGUCUUCAUCUGCAGCCUCGUCAUCCGUCACUCAGGCCACCAAGCAGCCGCCUCUGCCUCCGCCCAAACCGGUGAACAGGGGCAACACCGGCAUGCUGGGAGACUUCGCCCAAGCUGCCGGUGGUGCCAGUCUUGUCCCAGUGAAGCCCUCCCCGCCAAUGCCUCCAAAGAGAACCACCCCAGUCACCAAACGCAACACCGAAGACUCCUCUUCAAGCCAUCCCAUCACGCCCUCGCCACUUUCUCUUGAGGACCACGGCUCUGUGAGCUUUCAGCUGCCUCCUCCUCCACCAUCCCCUCCGCUUCCGUCACACAUACCUCCUUCUCCACCUCGACAACAAAUACACCCCCAUCACCUUCACCAUCAGCACUCUUACCCGCACCCACUGCCCCAAGCUAUACCAAUCUUGUUCGAUCCCCCAAGCCCUGUCAGUGAGUUGCCCCAGCGACCGACCCCUGUCCCGCUGCACAUCAUGAUCCAGCGAGCGCUGUCCAGUCCCGGCCCCAUUCAGCCCAACCCGGAUGGGUCACAACGUGCUCACACAUUGCUCUUUGAAACGCCUCCAGACUACCAAGGAGAUCGAGGUCGUCCCCUUCCUGUCAGCAUCCAACCACUAAAACUAUCUGAAGAUGACUACUCCGAAGAGGAAGAAGAAGAAGAGGACGAUGAUGAGGAAGAGGAGGAGUAUGAUGGGGAGAUACCCCAGCCAAAGCUAGAGCCACGGAGUCGCCGUGGUUUGGUUGUCGAUGCAGGAAUUUGCGUCAUCCCUGGUGGAGAAAACAGUGAGGAGGAGGAGGAGGAGGAGGAGCAUGAUGACGAGGAUGAAGAGCAUGCCAUGUGCAGAGAAGAUAGCGACUCAGAUGGUCCUGUGCCUUUUAAAGAGGAAGAAUCAGAUGAGGAUGAGGAGGAAGAGCCCCCACUGAGUGCCCUGGCCAGCAAAGUGAAGAGGAAAGACACCUUAGCUCUGAAGCUGAGCAGCCGUCCCUCACAGGAGAGGAGCACGAGAGAUGACCAGCCGCCGGGGCAGACCGGCCUCACCUGGCAGAGCAGGGAGCAGUGGGAGGCCAUUCGCAUGCAGAUUGGCACCGCACUUACAAGACGUCUUAGCCAGAGACCCACUGCUGAGGAGCUUGAGCAAAGGAACAUCCUUCAGCCCAAAAAUCAGGCUGACAGACAAGCAGAGGUUAGAGAGAUUAAGCGAAGACUGACCAGAAAGCUGAGUCAAAGACCAACAGUUGCAGAACUGCAGGCCAGAAAAAUUUUGCGAUUCCACGAGUAUGUGGAAGUCACAGACGCCCAAGACUACGACCGCAGGGCAGACAAGCCGUGGACCAAACUGACACCUGCUGAUAAGGCGGCCAUCCGGAAAGAGCUUAAUGAUUAUAAAAGCACUGAAAUGGAGGUUCACGAAGAGAGCAGAAUCUACACAAGGUAUCACCGGCCUUAGCAUCUACCCUCUUCAGCUGGUGACAAAAGCACUUGGUCUCUGUGGCAAGCAGCUGCUGACUAUGCAGACAGAUUGGCCCUUUCUCAUUUCCUGAAUGUACUGUACAAUUUAUCAGGGACAGCCUGGAACUGACUAGAGACAAGAAUGCUUCUCGCUUCCCCUCCGUCACCCUGACAGAAUUGUUUUCAGUGAACAGAGGUGAUGGUGGUGGUGGUGGUGGUGGGAGAAGAUGCAGUAUUUAUCCCAGACAACAGGGGGAACCACGUGCCAAACAAAUUGAGACAUUUGCAAAGGACUGACAGUGCAGGGCUUCUACCCCUCUGCUGUAAUGUGGUGUCCUCAGGGACCUGGAUCUAGUUAAUAUCUAUAAUGCGGCCUCAUUCUAUGUUGCCUUUUUCUUCUUUACUGUAUAUGGAAACGCUAACUCAUUCAUCUUGUUAAUGUGAGAACAUAAAAGUAAUAAUAGCUAACAAAAAUGGUAAUUUCUAGAACACCCAAUGAUAAUAGAGACAUGGCUAUAGCUCGUGUGAACUGGAGAAUGAAGACUGGGAUAUUCUGUUUUAGGAUUGGACAUCUCUGGGAUAUUGUGUUUUUAUAUUAACUGUACAGAUUGCUAUUAUAAUAUCUUAGAAUGAAACCCGUAAAGAUCUAAUUACAAAAUGUGUAAUGCACAAGAUAUUUUAUAAUUUUGAUCACAUGACUAGUGACAGCUUUUUCUUUUGGGGAUUUCUUUGGCUUGCCUGUAUUUAUCGUUGUGUUGUGAGGUGGCCAUUUAAGUGUGACUUUUUAGAAAUAGAAGAGAAGGUGCAGGUCAGAAUGUUGUAGUUGACUUUUUUUUUUUUUUUGUGCCAAUGUACCCAAUGCCUAGAAAAAUAUAGGAUAUUGGUAUUCAUAUCAACAAUUUCUGAAAUCUACUGCAUGAGCCAACAAGGAUCCUUGUCAUUGGACCUGGUAAAUCUCUCAUUUCUACUUUUCUAUGAGUUUUGUACUUCCCUUUAAUCACACAUGCAAUGCAUUUCUGUAGCCAUUUUGUACAAGGUCAUGCUGGUGUUGUCGACCAAGAAUACAAUGCAAGUUGCUGUGCAAGAUCAGGGGUUUAUCCAAAAAACAAAAACAAAAUCUCACAAUGUCAACAGGGGAUCAUUUUGGCUGAAACUUUUUGUCUGCAACCGUUUUAUUUUGUGGUAUUGUCUGGCCAGUAGCUUACAGGGUUCUCAAUGCUGUGCACAGGUGGAUUAUAUAUUAGGUUUCACUGAUGCUUGUGUAUAUCUUGUCUUCCUUUCAUUUGAAAAGAAAUUUUAAAUAAAGUAUUAUAGGUUGCUAUCUUUAAGCACAGAAUCUUAGUUUAUGAUUAAGUGCUACAAGAAUGGGAAUGACUAUGUACCCUCUCUGUAAAGCUAAGUUCAUUUUUAAUUGAAUGUGAAGAUGUAUGGACUGAUACUUGUUUUAAUUGUACAUAGUGACAUCUGGAUCUAAUUAAAAAUCUUACUGCUUGAA